AUGGCAUCCCGUCCAAGCCCAACUUCAGAACGUCCAACUUAUUUGGACGUACUGGACAAUGAACAUCGGAAGGUACUCGAAAGAGCUGUGAGGAACCUCCUGAGCACGGAGGUAGCCGAGGUUAUAUACGCCCAGAUUCUUGAUGGACUUCCCACUGAAAAGUCUCUGAGAGACAGUUCUGACUAUGUUAAAGAUCAUCCCGUUCAUAGCAUCCAACACACCGAGAUUUGCCCCGGAUAUGUAGAGAAAGCCCGCGAAUUUAGCAAUCAGUUUGACUUAUCACAGCUACAAAUAAAGUUCAAACACAAAGUCUACGAAGAAUGGAGGCAAACUGUACUAGAAGAAAAAGAACGCAGGGUUGAGUCACAACGAUACUAUGAUCCUCCUCCUAUCGCCUUUUGCCAUCGAGCAUAUCGAUAUCCUGAGCAGUAUCCAAAAGGUUUAGCUGAUGUUGUUGGCUAUUGGGCUGAGUCUAAAAUCCUCGGUGGGGUUGUUGUAUUCGACCGUGGUGAGACUGAGCAAGAGUGCAAUGCCAUGUGGAUCCAUGGAGACCUGAUUAGAGGCCCGAGAACUCUCUACUCACCUACCAAGGAACAAUUCGAUGCCUUGACCAGGUUCCUCACUAAAUUGAAGCUUAAAGCGGCAUUUAUUGGGUGUCAAGAGGCAAACGUGGGAUACAGGUUAUGGUCUCGAGAUGAUACACGAAAUUUGGAGCAACAUCACAAGAAAUGA